AUGACAGGCAUAUAUAAGGACACGAAGACGUCGCUCCAUCUCGACUCUCCCGCGGCCGUUGAAGACGCCGUUGUGCUGCUUAUUCUCGCUUGUAUCGCCGGGAGCAUCGUCAGCGUCUUCCUUCGCAGCAUUAUCAGUGCUAUUCGGGAGGAGUACGGGCAGGAAGAGCAGGAAGACUUCACGGAGGACGAGCUUGAAGCGGACGAACCGGAGAUCGAUGUGUCCAAUGCCGAGGAGCCUGAGGGCGAGGAACUCAAGACUAUUCCCUUGCACGCAUAUGCUCCGCAUCUGUCUCUGGUCGCGUCAACGACCGGCUACGAGAAUGAUACGCCUUCCACACCACCUCUUGAACUCGUGCAACGAGUUGCACCAGUCGCCGCCCCCGAGGAACACACGGACGUGACAUCCGAAAAUCGCAGCCCACAGACCAAUACGCCCGGGUUGCUCGUCCGAUCCACUCCCUCGCGCAACAUCGAAACGGACCCCACCUACACCAAUCUCUUCGAUAUCACCGAAGACCCUUUCGAUAAUAUCCUCGAAUACCUCGACGCCGACGAAUGCGAUUGCGGUUGCGCUGCCAGAAUUGUGAUCGGUCGCGAACGAGCAGCGUGCCUCGAAACUACCGAGAAGACGGACAACAUCCUACGCUACGUGACUAGGGGUCUAAGGAAGAACUGCGAAGACGCCAACGGCCUCGCGCACCGCCGGGAAAGGAUCUAUGUGGACCUGUCAAUGGAAAUCAGAGUUUGCGACGCAGAGAUUGAGCGCCUGCAAACAGAGCGCGCUGGGAGAGGCGCCAAAUAA